AUGUUGGCAGCGGGUGAUCGUGGUGAUGGCAAGGGUCCCGGGGUUUCGAUCGGAGGCCCUUCAUUAACGAAUAUUCCCCUUGCGAUUCUAAGGGCGGAGCUGGAACGGCGGGGAUAUGUUGGCAUUGACACCAGAGCGGGCGGCGACAGCGCAGACGGAAACGCACCAGACGGUUCAACAUGCGGCAGCGGUGAAAGGACCGGCACAUAUAACACUCCGCUGCACGUUGCGGCAUUAGUACUUAUUUUGGUGCUCAGUACCUUUGCAUGCUCAUUCCCGAUUAUUGCGCGUCGCUUCCCACGCCUGCCGAUCCCCCGACACUUCCUCUUUUUAUCUAGACACUUCGGCACAGGCGUGUUGAUUGCUACCGCCUUCGUCCAUCUCCUCCCUACCGCUUUCAUCUCCCUAACCCACCCAUGUUUACCAAGAUUCUGGAACAAGGGAUACCCAGCUACCGCUGGCCUAGUCGCAAUGGUCGCUGUCAUGAUCGUUGUGACCAUCGAGAUGUUCUUUGCUUUAAGGGGUGCAAAACAUGUCCAUGGCAGUGAAUACGAUACCCUAAUUGAUGAGGGGCCCCAAUACCAUGAGACCAGCUCGAUGCCUCUGGUAAAUGGCGAUAGUCGCGGGGGCGUACAUUUAGGAAAAAUCCGUAGUACUCCUCACCCACACGAGGAUUCUCCCUCCAACCCAGGCUCUUCAUCGCCGCACGGUUUGGCUUUGGAGGAAGGGAGCAGUGAGCCAAUGCUCCCUAAAACUAGAGGCAGCGAAACACAAGCCGGAGACGAUGAAGAUCUUGACCUUGAAGAGCUAGACCCUUUCCCAGAUACAUCCUCCACCUACAACGAGUCCCGCUCCCACCACUACCCCCGCCAUAACCACAACCACCACCACCCGUCCUCCCAAACCAUAAGCGCCCACGCCGCGCAAAAGCAGCUCCUACAAUGCCUACUCCUCGAAGCGGGCAUCCUCUUCCACAGCGUCUUCAUCGGCAUGGCCCUCAGCGUUGCCACUGGCACCUCCUUCCUCGUCCUCCUCGUCGCUAUCUCUUUCCACCAGACCUUCGAAGGCUUCGCGCUGGGCGCGCGCAUCGCCUCUCUAAUUCCCGCCCUGUUCCCCGCAUCGUCUCCCAAACCGUGGCUUAUGGCGUUUGCCUACGGUGCCACCACGCCCAUUGGGCAGGCUAUUGGCUUGGGUCUACAUAACCUAUACGACCCGGCCAGUACAGCGGGAUUGUUGAUGGUGGGAAUGACGAAUGCGUUCAGUAGUGGGUUACUACUAUUUGCAGGCCUGGUGGAGUUGUUGGCGGAGGACUUUUUGAGUGAUAAGAGUUAUGAGACUCUGAGGGGGAGGAGUAGGGUUGAGGCGUGUAUGGCGGCUGCGGCUGGGGCGUUGCUCAUGGCUCUUGUUGGGGCAUUUGCUUGA